AUGAGUGUUGUUGGAGGUCCUAAUGGCUGCUGCAUGUUUGACAGUUCCAAAGCUUUUGAUGCAUCGGCUGAUCUGCUGUGUUGUGAAAAAUGUAAACAGCCAACUGGGAGACCAACCAAUACACUUGAAACGCAAGGUGUAACGGAGGAUCGUGGAAAGAACACUUCAUUGGACCGGCAUCUCGACGAAAGCUCUUCCUCAUCAUCAAAUGAAAGUUUAUUUAAGGACCUCUCGGGCGGACGUCCAUAUUGUAACAGACCACCAUGCAUGAGGGCUGUUGGAGGUCUUAAUGGCUGCUGCAUGUUUGACAGUUCCAAAGCUUUUGCUACAUCGGCUGAUCUGCUGUGUUGUGAAAAAUGUAAAAAGCCAACUGGGAGACCAACCAAUACACUUGUAAAGUUCGGUGUAUCGGAGGAUCGUGAAAAGACCAUUGCAAUUGACCGGCAGUUCGACGUAAGCUCUGCCUCAUCAUCAAAUGAAUGUUUAUUCAAGAAUCUUUCAGAUGGCUGCAGGAUAAAUAAUAGCAGACCACAUACUGUAAGGCAUGAAGAAAACUUGAGGAAAAGUAUGAACAUACAAACUAGGAUCGAUCUGCUCCUGAUUGGAAAAACCGGGAAUGGCAAAAGUGCGACUGGGAAUUCCAUUUUAGGGAAACGAAAGUUUGCGAGCGAGUCCGGUACAUCUUCUGUGACGAAAGAGUUCGACGCCGAUAUCACAGAACACAAGGGUCGUCAGAUUAAAGUCGUGGAUGGUCUGGCAUUUUGUGACACAAGGCUGGAUAAUGAACGGUCAGUUGAGCAGUUGAAUGAGGCAGCAAAAUUGGCUCUGGCAGCCAAUCCUGAAGGCUAUCAUGCUUUUCUUCUCAUCCUGAAAUAUGGCAAUAGGUUUACACGUGACGAACAGGAGACGGUUGUGUUGUUAAAGAAAAUAUUCGGACAUGAUUUUGUUCGUAAAUUUUGUAUUCUAAUCUUGACAUGCGGAGAUGUUUUUCAUCAAGAUCAGGAGGAAACAGAUCCAGUAGGAUUGGACUUCUCAGAGUGGUGCCAAAAACAAGAUGGCGCAUUUAAGGAUUUGGUCGAGGAGUGUUGCAAUAGGGUGAUUUUGUUUGAUAAUAAAACCAAAGACGAGAAAAAGAAAAAAGAACAAGUUGACACAUUAGUCCAAAUGGUUGAUGAGUUGAGAUUUCGCGAUCGACGUUAUACGGAAGCUCACUAUGAACAGGCUCAGAAAAUCAAAGAUAAUGUGGCAGCCAAACCAAAGGUGCUCACGACAAACGGCGAGACCACGGUAAAAGAUGAACGUCCAGUUGUUGACCAGCCGCAAGUCUCACAUGAGACAGUAGACUUAGUCACACUUGACAAGAUGUUGAGUCAAACCAAUACUGUUCAGGUCAUACUGACCAAGCAGGAAGAAUGUUCUGGAGCUCUUCAAGACCUGACUCAAACCUUGGAAUCUCUACAAAAACAGGUUUCUGGUGAAAACGCUAUCUCUCGCAGAUGUAUUGAAGAAAUACAACAAAUUCGACAACAGGAAGAAGAAAUGAAACAGGUAUUCGAUAAAGAGCUGAAAAAUCAAAGAGAGGAUUAUGAAAAUCAGAUUGAGGACUUAAAACGCGAUGAGCAACAGAGGAGGGAAAUAGAACGCAAUCACCAGAAGAGAUUUGAAGAUCUGGUGCAACAGAGGCGAGACACGGAGCGCGGACGUCAAACGAUUCCCAGAGUAAUGGAACAGGCAGGACAAGCACAGCAAGAAGGGGGAAUGUUUGACCUCAAAAAUAUUCUUUCGGAAAGCCUGAAACUAGUACAAGAAGGAGAGGGAACGUUUGAUGCCAAAAAUAAUCUUUUGGAAAAACUGAAACUGGUACAAGAAGGACUGAAGCUAGUGGAGAAUGAACAGAUAAACUUAAGUCAGCAGCCGUCUUAAGUUUAGGUGAGAAUCCCAGUGUUGCCUCAACCGUGUGUCACUAAUGAGCUUUGUAAGUCAAAGUAAAUUAGGCUGGUGGUGUUUAG